UUAGCAGCAGAAGCGAGGAUCAGACCCACACACACAGACACACACAGGCAGGAGUUUCACGAUGUGGCCAGUCCAAAGGCAGUGAUUGUCUGCAGCCCGCUACUCCCUGUGUUCCUGGAUGAUGGAAAUGGAUUUGAUCAUCCCGUUGCCCUUUCUGUAGGAGGUUGUGCCUGGUUAAACAUGAAUCGCUUGCACACGGCAUGGAAUGCAGCCUGAGCUGGUAUCAUUCAGAAUUCACUCCCCCGGCCGCCUUCCGAAAGAAACUUUUGCUGCUGCUCACCAUGCUCGUCCUGUGGCUCUACAUCUUCUACUCUUGCGCUGGCCUCUGCUUCUCGGUGCCCGGCUUGGGCUUCUCCAAGGGCGGCGGCGAGCCGGGCCGCCUGAAGGUGUCAGCAGUAGGCAGUGUGUCCGAGCUCAGCGCCCAGCCACGGCGGCAGCAGCAGGAGCCGCUUCUCCCCGCCGCCCGGGAGCGCCUGGUCUUCAGGUCGGCUUCCCGGGACCUGCUGCAGGAUGACCGGGUCGAACUGACCGAGGAGAGCCCCACGGCCGUCAGCGGACACUCGCCCAAACCUUUCGAGAUCAACCUGGGAGGCUACGGAGCCAAGAAGCUGCCGCAGGCGAUCAUCAUCGGCGUGAAGAAGGGAGGCACCCGGGCGCUACUCGAAUUCCUCCGGGUCCAUCCCGACGUCCGGGCGGUGGGGGCAGAGCCGCACUUUUUCGACAGACACUACGCCAACGGCAUGGAGUGGUAUCAGGAUCUGAUGCCUAGAACACUGGAUGGACAAAUCACCAUGGAGAAAACACCAAGUUACUUCGUUACAAAAGAGGUAGCUGCCCGAAUCUAUGCAAUGUCCAAGGAUGCCAAGCUUAUAGUGGUGGUUCGGGAUCCUGUCACACGGGCGAUUUCUGACUAUACCCAAACUCUCUCAAAGAAACCGGAUAUCCCCAGUUUUGAGAGCCUGACCUUCAAAAAUAGGACUACAGGCCUGAUCGACACCUCAUGGAGUGCUAUUCAGAUUGGCAUCUAUGCCAAGCACCUGGAGAAUUGGCUACAGUACUUCCCAAUGCAUCAGAUUCUGUUUGUGAGUGGUGAGAGGCUGAUCAGUGACCCAGCCGGAGAAUUAGGCAAAGUACAAGACUUUCUGGGUCUGAAGAGAAUCAUCACUGACAAACAUUUCUAUUUCAACAAGACGAAGGGCUUCCCCUGCUUGAAGAAGCCAGAGGGCAGCAGCAAGCCCCACUGUCUGGGCAAAACUAAAGGCAGAACGCAUCCCAACAUUGACUCAGAGGUGGUCCAGAGGCUGAGAGACUUUUACCGGCCUUUCAACAUGAAGUUUUACCAAAUGACAGGACAGAAUUUUGGCUGGGACUAAGGUCAAUUUAACCUCAUGUAAUUACAAAAAAGACAUGUGAAUUUAUUGCUAUAUAUAUAUGUAACUUGUACAGAAAUCUAUUUUAUAAUAAUUUAUUUUUAAUUCUUAAGCAAUUAAUUCACUAAGCUGCCUAACCACACUGUACAUAGAUCAGCCCAUAUCUUCUAACAUUCCAGUUUUUACUUACAUUGCUCAUUGAUGGUGCUGUCAUUCAUCGAUUUUUAAGAUUUACUAUCCAAAAGCACAACUUUUUGUUACGGGUAUUCAGUGUUCGUAGGGUCUAACAACUGAGCAUUUGUCUCCUUGCCUGUCUACAUUGGCUUCAUGCAGAAUGUUCUUGCUGUGAGUAUGCCAAAAAAAACAAAAUGUGGUCAGAUGGUACAAGUCAGUGCAGAAGCUGCACAUAACUGUUGAACAUAAAAUCUUGUUUGCCUAUUAACAACAAGAAGGGGAAAAUAUUCAACCUGUCGCCAUAUCUUGUUUAAAAUCAUUAGUUAUAACAAAUGUAUUUAAGUCCUCUAAUGAACAACAAAUUACCAGUAUCUUGCUGCAUGAGUCCUUGUUUUGUCUUCUUUGGUUAAUCAUGUUCAGUCCACAGCAUAACACUAGAUUAGCUCAUCACUCUGCAGAGUUGGUGCAAAUUGAGAUGCCCAUACUGAUUCCAAAUAUGCCUGAACUGCCCUGUCUUCCUCCUCAUCAACUUAUGGCUAAAGUUGGCAAGACAUUUUUCCACUCCCUAUUUUAUUUAGAUAUUCAUAUUGUUAAAUUUGAUCAUUUGGGUUUUGACCUCUGGAUUGAACAUUUUCCUCAUCUCUUUAACCCUAAUACCCAUAACCCCUAUGACAGGAAAAAUAGUUACAAUCAUUUGAUGAUGACCAGCAGUGAGACUGCCAUAAAUGGCUUUGUAUGAUUACUGUAAAAAUUGAGUUGUCUAGUACUUUCAGAGGCCAUCUGUAAUCCUGCAGGCACUCACAUCUCCAUGGUGUCAUUACAUAGUUAACUUCAUUAUUCUACUUGUUGUUGCAGAAAUAUUAAUUGAAUUCUGAAAAUGAAACAUGGUUAUGAAAUAACAGGGAGAAGUGAUGCCCUUAAUUCAAAAUGCAGCAUGUCAUAUUGCUGCCUGAACCAGUUAGUUCAAAUCUAAAUAUUGAUUUGUGCAGAAAAAGGAUUGUGCAAGUAAAAUGGCUUGAAACUCAACACAAAUUGUGUCUGCAUAUUUCAAAAGUAGUAAAAUAUGAAGCAGGAGGACAGCCUGUAUGAAAGCAUGACUUAUUAUGUGUUCCUGUGGGAUUUGACUAUUUUCAAAUCUUCACUGGAUCAUAGUGCCGUUUCAAGCCUUGAGCAAGAAAUCAAAACCACAACAAUCAUGAUGAUGAGAUCUGCAAUGAUGUUAUUCAAACCCAUUUCUGUGUUGAGCUAUGAACAAUAUGCUGCCUUUUUUAAAGAAAGGUGAGCUUCAAUCAACAUGUUUGCUAUUUAGCCUACAACCACACUGAUCUAGUAAGGUUAGUUAGAAUUUUUGUUAAUGAACAAAGCACAAUUUUUCACAUUUUUUAAAAUUUUGUUUUUUGUUAAGGUUCUCACUUUGCAUGGUAUCCUGUUUAAACCCAUAGCUUCAGGUUUUUGUCUUUUGAAAGUAAAGUCAUUUUUGCUUUUAAAAGCAGAAAAUCUCGUCCAAGGUACCACCUUUCAGUAACUACAAUUGUUCGUGUACAAAAUGGAAGCUAUUUGUAACAUGCUAUGAUGUCUAAUGCACUGAGGCAGCAGCAAAGUGCUCUAUAGCAGUUUUGCCAUAAAAAUGAAUCACAUAUCUGUUCAGUUCUGCCCAAUGUGUAACAUGACAGCAUAUCCAAUCCAUUGUCUUCCGAAGGGUAAAUUUAUACCUUGAAAUGGUGGUUAGCUAUUGUAAUAGUCAAUGUGGUUGAGUUUUAUUCAGCCUGCAUUCAAAAGUACGGAUAUUAGCAAAUUUCUUCUGAUAAUAUUGUACUUUAGAAUAGUUAAUGUGUAAAAAAAAGUAAAUCAAGUAUUUUGUGGUAUGUACAACAAAAAAUUAAUUUUACACAGAUAAAAUGUUUCUUUCUAGGAUAUUGAACAAAA